UACUAAAAUGCGUCCGUGUGGGGCAAGGGCGGGCGAGCAGCCCUGCCCUCGACGAUCGCAAUGGCGUGUAGAGUGGGGCAGGGAAGCUCCUCAGAGCGAGCCCUAGUAGUCGUGGGGCAUUUUAUACUCCCAUCAGACCCCGGCAGAGCGCGGCAGAUUUCCGUUGGGCCGCGCGGAAGCGGAACCCUACGUGCGGGGCUGAGGGGCGGGGGGGCCGGUGCGCAUCGCCUGUGGCGCCGCGCGGGGCUCUCCUCAGGGGCGGCAGGGGAGGCUGUGCGUCCCGCCCGCCCCUCUGGGCCCUGACGCGCGGCCCUUCUCCUUGCAGGUGCUGCGAGAGCAUGGGGACGGCGGAGCUGGUGCAGAAGAUCAGCAUUAACGCCGAGAGCCCUCGGGGCGGGGAGAGGAACGAGUGCGGGGCGGGGGCUGAGCGCGGCCCCGCCGGCGGCUGGAGGCAGAAGUGCGCGGCCUAUGUGCUGGCUCUGCGGCCCUGGAGCUUCAGCGCUUCCCUCACCCCCGUGGCUCUGGGCAGCGCGCUGGCCUACCGGGCCGAGGGAGCCCUGGACCCGCGGCUGCUGGUGGGCAGCGCCGUGGCCGUGCUGGCCGUGCACGGGGCCGGCAACCUGGUGAACACCUACUACGACUUCUCCAAAGGCAUCGAUCACAAGAAGAGCGAUGACAGGACGUUGGUGGACCAGAUCUUGGAGCCUCAGGACGUGGUCCGGUUCGGGGUGUUCCUGUACACUGUGGGCUGCAUCUGUGCGGCAGGGCUCUAUGCUGUCUCGACGCUGAAACUGGAGCACCUGGCCCUAAUUUACUUCGGGGGGCUUUCCAGCUCCUUCCUUUAUACUGGAGGAAUCGGAUUUAAAUAUGUUGCACUUGGAGAUGUGGUGAUUCUGAUCACCUUUGGGCCCCUGGCCGUCAUGUUUGCCCAUGCUGUGCAGCUGCAGAGCUACUUUGCUGCCUGUGAGGAUGAGACCCCGGCCAUCAGAAACCACGACAAGGUCCUGCAGCGGCUCUGCGAGCAUCUGGACCACGCUCUGCUCUAUGGGUUGCAGGAUCUUUCUUCGGGUUACUGGGUGCUGGUCGUUCACUUCACCCGCCGUGAAGCCAUCAAACAGAUAGAAGUGCUCCAACACGUGGCCACCAACCUGGGACGCAGCCGAGCAUGGCUGUACCUAGCCCUCAAUGAAAACUCCUUGGAGAGCUAUUUGAGACUGUUCCAGGAGAACCUAAGCCUGCUGCACAAGUACUAUGUCAAGAAUGCCCUGGUUUGCAGUCACGAUCAUCUGACUUUGUUCUUAACACUGGUGUCUGGGCUGGAGUUCAUCCGUUUUGACUUGGAUCUGGACGCUCCUUACCUGGAUCUGGCCCCGUACAUGCCAGAUUACUACAAACCUCAGUACCUGCUGGACUUUGAGGACCGCCUGCCCAGCUCCAUGCACGGCUCGGACAGUCUCUCUCUCAACUCCUUCAACUCGGUCACCUCCACCAACCUGGAGUGGGACGACAGUGCCAUUGCUCCAUCCAGUGAAGAUUAUGAUUUUGGAGAUGUCUUUCCAGCAAUGCAGUCCAUGCCCAGCAGAGACUGGGAAGAUGGGGACCUCACAGACACGCUCAGCUGCCCGCACUCCACCGCCUCGGAGGCAAAUGGCAGCAAAGCCUCCGUGAAAAGCCCAACGCAGCGCUACAACCCCUUCAACGAGGAGAAAGCCGACGUGCUGUCCUCCACUGAGACCACCCCAGUGCACACAGCUUCCCAGGAGAAGGCACAAGCCACCCCUGAAGGAACGGACCAGUCCGAGAGCUGCACGGAGCUGGAGGUCAUCAGGUUAGCCAAGAAGAAGAAGACAGGCAAGAAGAAGAAAGCCAAGCCAGAGGAGCCAGUAAACACACCUGCACCCGCAGUGCCCGAGACCAGCGCGCAUCAGAGCAGCGGGGACAGCGACGUGAACGGGCUGAGUGACAGAGGAGACGUGCAGAGGGACGACGGUCCUGCUGCCCCAGCUGGGGAGCCGAGCCCGGGCGGGCAGGAGGAAGGCCACGAGCGCUCUGCCCUCAGCCAGCUGGCUUUGCGCAUCCCCGAAAUGAAGGACACGUCCAUGGAGAGCGUGGGGCAGCCGCUGAGCAAGGUGAUGGACAGGCUGAACGGGCAGCUGGACCCCGGCGGCUGGAGCGCGCCCCUGGAGCCGCCCGGGCAGUCCUUUCGGACCGGCACGCCAGGGGAGACCCCGGAUGGAUCGUCCUCUGGCGACUUCAGCGAGGGGAUUUCAGCCCCCAUGGACUUCUACCGCUUUACCGUCGAGAGUCCAAAUGCUGCUGCACCAGGUGGUGGCCACCAUGACGCUGCAGGGGCUGGCCAACCGCCACAUGUUUCUGGUAGCCCUGAGACUCCUGAAGAAGAAGAAGAAAGCGGAGAGGGAGAAGCAGCUGGGGCAGUGUUAGAGUCUGAAGGAGUGAGCAGUGAACCGCAGACUGCGCAGAUGGAGACCAUCAAUCCUGAGGCUGUCGGCGAGCCAAAGAAGGAGCAGCCCAGCCCUUCCUUGAGCAGCGCCGAGGACUCUGGCGUGGAGGAAGGUCAGGGCAGCCCUUCAGAGCUCACCCACCCCUCGGAGUUCAGGGUGGACAACAACCAUCUGCUCCUGCUGAUGAUCCACGUCUUUCGGGAGAAUGAGGAACAGUUGUUCAGGAUGAUCCGAAUGAGCACCGGGCACAUGGAGGGGAACCUGCAGCUGGUCUAUGUCCUGCUGACAGAUUGCUAUGUGUACCUGAUCCGGAAAGGGGCAGCAGAGAAGCCAUACAUGGUGGAGGAGGCCGUUUCCUAUAAUGAGCUCGACUACGUUUCGGUUGGGCUGGAUCAGCAGACGGUGACGCUGGUGUGCACCAAUCGGAGGAAGCAGUUCCUGCUCGACACUGCAGACGUGGCUCUCACAGAGUUCUUCCUGGUCUCCUUGAAGUCAGCCAUGAUCAAGGGGUGCCGGGAGCCCCCGUACCCCAGUAUCCUCACAGAUGCCACCAUGGAGAAACUGGCGCUUGCAAAGUUUGUGGCUCAGGAGUCCAAGUGUGAGGCCUGUGACGUGGUUGUGCGUUUCUAUGGCCUCGUGCACUGGGAGGACCCCAUGGAUGAGGCGCUGGGACCCUCUCCCAAUAGCUACACCUCCGCUGAAAACGCAGUCACGAAGGAUGGCGUUCUGCACUACAAGGCGGGCACCUCGUACCUGGGCAAGGAGCAGUGGAAGACCUGCUUCGUGGUGCUCAGCAAUGGGAUCUUGUACCAGUACCCUGACCGCACAGAUGUCACACCUCUGCUCUCCAUCAACAUGGGCGGUGAGCAGUGCGGGGGAUGCCGGCGCUCCAACACCACCGACCGGCCCCACUCCUUCCAGGUGAUCCUGACAGACCGGCCCUCCCUGGAGCUGAGCGCUGACAACGAGGAGGACAUGGCCGACUGGAUGCAGUACUUCUGCCAGGCCGUCUCCAAAGGGGUAAUCCCGCAGGGUGUAGCCCCUACGCCGUGCGUCCCCUGCUGCCUGGUGCUGACGGACGAGAAGGCCUUCACCUGUCACGAGGACUGCCAGACCAGCUUCUUCCGCUCGCUGGGCACCGUGGAGCUGACAGACAUCACCUCCAUCUCCACGGAGGCCAACAAGGAGUACUGCAUCCUGGAGUUUGCUCAGGACCACAAGCAGUUCCUGCCUCCCUGGGUGCUCUAUUUCAGUUGCACUACAGAACUGGAGAGGUUCCUCUCAGCACUGAACGCCGCGUGGAGGAACAAAUACCAGGUCGACCUCCUGCACAAGGCCAUUCUGGACGCAGCCGUCAAGAAGAAAUGUGAGGACGCUCAGAGCCUCAUCAACAGCGCCUGGCAGCGCAGCGACAGCCUGUGCCGAGGGCGGGCAGAGCGAGACCCCUGGUGUUAGCCCCCGGGGGGAGGACGGCUGCCGGGUCGCCCCAGGUGCUCUCAGAGAGUGGGCACGGACAGCGCCUGUGGCCAGCGGCAUCCCAACCCCUUCUGCCGUCACUCACUCCCCGUGGCCGUGCUGGAGACAAAGCCACCCUUGGGUGUCGUGCAGCCUGCGCCCUCCUCGCCAUCCAGCUGCCGCGGGGCACGGCGCGGUGCCUUGCGAGGAGUACCCCACCGUGUUGGAGCGGGGUGGGAUGGGGUUGGGCAUCCACCGGGCACGGCGCGGCUUUGUUCAUUGUAGAACAGAGCGGGUGGCGGCCGUGGCGAGACGGGCACUGAAUCACAUCGUGCAUGUUUUCUCCUUGCUGAUGCAAUCACCGCGUAGGGCACUGCUCCUUCCCAGCCCCCUCCGGGCCUGGAGAAUCUCACCAGAGGCAACGCAUCCAGACGAGGCCAAACCGCACCCCGAGCUGGCGCCGGGGCCAAGGCUGGAGGUGUUGGGCAGGGAACGAUGGGGAAAGAAGAGGGAACGUGGCCAGAAAUUUGGCCUUGAAUAUCCCGGCCUUGAGUGGCGUGGUUUUAGGAGACGGCAGAAGCUCCGGGCUUGGACACGUGCUGGGACAAACCCAGGCACAGAGGGAUGGAGUCCAGUGGUGGUCAGGGGCCGGAUUGCUGCGGCUGCCCCCACUCUGCCCUAAGGAUCAGGGGCGGCAGCCCCACGCCAGCCCCAUCGCUCCCACCCUCUGCCUCACGCCCCGUGGGGCACAGUUUGAGCUUUUAAACAAUACUACGGAGAUCUCAUGUAAUAUACAGACGUGGGGCCUUUUUCUGGGAGGAAACGUACGUGACUGAAUGUGUAUAUAUAUAUACAUCUGCUUCCUUUCCCCUCCUCCCCAAAUAAAUAUUCAUUGGUAACUGA